AUGGGAGUAGCCAAGUUGUUCGGGUAUAAUUCCAGAGCUAGUACUGCUAUUCGUGAGACUGGACGGAUGAUGAAAGGUAUAGUCGACAGUGCUCAGGCCGAUCGAGCUUUCUUCUAUGAUGAAUGCAAACUCCCACCGACUUUUCAAACUUUUUUCCAAAUUCAUCUUCUUUACUUACUCAUCCUACUCCCCCGUCUCAGAGCUCUUCCAGCUCAUCAGGCUCCUCCCAAAACUACUAUACCCGAACCACUAUCACCUUCCUCACCCUCAAAUACCAAUACAUCCUCGUCAGAAGAUCCAAGUGGGAUCAGUCUUUCCAAACCCAACUACGAAGCCUACCCCCUCGAACUGCUCAAUCACUUUUUCGAAAUGGCCGAAUCGGAAAUGCGUCAGGUCCUCGGAAGGGGAGAACGUGAGAGGGUGGUACGUCUCGCUGUGGAUUAUAUUCUCGGAUUGGGACAGAGUGAUUCUGUUGAACUUCGAUCCAAAGCUGAUUUGGAACUUGCAGGAUGGGUAUGGAGGAAUUUGUUUCAGUCAAGAGGUAUGUCAGCUCCUGAUGGAGCAUUGACGGAGGUGGAGAAGAAUCCAGUAGAGGCAAGAUUAGAGCUAUUGUUACCAGAGCAAAUCGAAUUGGUGGUAAAGUUUAUACGUCGGGAAAUGGUCAGAUUAGAUAAGAUUUCUGAUGUUGAUGUCUUGGCGGGGAAUAUCGGAGUAUGGGGAAAGGUCAAAGAGUAA